GAACGUGCAAAGUCACGCCUUGAGCUAAGAUGGCGGCGGCCACGCGGGAAGAAGAUGCGUUCCGUCGCCUCUUUCGUUUCUAUCGGCGAUGGGAGGGGUCGGAUCCUACCGGGGUGAUUGACUUCUCCAAGCCAGCGAGCCGGCAGGUGGUCACCUAUCCUCUGAAGUUAACCUCAGUAAGUGAUCAAGAUGCCUACAGGGCAGGAUUACAUCCAGUUACCCAAUGGAAAGCUUACAGUCUAGAUAAUUAUCCAGGAUUCAUAUAUAUUAAUAAUCCCUUUCUUCCGGGCUCUCAGUGCCAUUGGGUGAAGCAGUGUCUAAAAAAAUAUAUCCAGAAACCUAAUGUGUGCAAUUUGGACAUGCAUAUGUCUUCUGAAGAAAUUACUGAUAUCUGGGGAAAGAGUAAAUUUCAGCUUCGAAACAAAAGUGCCAGUAAAUCACAGCCAAAAAGCUUAUUGGAAAAGUUGCGCUGGGUAACUCUAGGUUAUCACUAUAACUGGAAUUCAAAGAAAUAUUCAGCAGAUAACCAUACCCCUUUCCCAUCUGAUCUGGCUUUCCUGUCAAAGCAGGUGGCUAAAGCUUGUGGAUUUCCCAGCUUCCAAGCAGAAGCAGGGAUCCUGAACUAUUAUCACUUUGAUUCAUCUUUAGGAAUUCAUGUGGAUGAAUCUGAACUGGACCUUUCUCCACCUCUUUUAUCAUUCAGUUUCGGACAGUCAUCCGUAUUUCUGCUGGGAGGAUUGAAACGAGAUGAAACCCCUGUGGUCCUGUUCACACAUAGCGGAGACAUUAUGAUAAUGUCUGGUUUCAGCCGCCUGCUGUAUCACGCAGUUCCCAAGAUCCUUCCCAAUCUAGAAGGAAAGCCUUUGCCUUCUUCCUUAGAGCUACCACUCUCUGCUGACUUUCCUGCAGAUUCUGUGAUUGAGCCCUGCUCCAAUGAUGAUUGGCAAACAUGUGCCAGAUAUUUGGAAGCAUCCCGUAUUAAUAUGACUGUGAGACAGGUACUCGCUGAAGGUCAGAGCUUCUUGUCUGAAACUUGGACACAGAACAAACAAAAUGUCUUCUCCGCAGACUAUCAUGAAAAAUAUACAGAAACCAAAACACACAACCCUAUUACCAACAAAUGAGCUCAUCUUUUUUUAAUCAUGACUUCACAAAAAGCCAACACACAGCAGAAGAAAUGGGAUAUGCCAUAGAAAGAAAAUUGAUUAGCUCUGAAAAUAAAUAUAUAUAUGAACUUCACAGCCAAAGUGUAUGGUUCAGGUGAGGAAAUCCAGUGUUGUUUCUGUCUUGACAUAGCAAAUCUAUGUAUUUUGAUCUAAGUUAUUUUGAUGCUUUGCAGAAAUCAACACUUUCCUUAGUCUAUAAAUACUUACUUGUUAUUUGCUUUAAGAUAUCAGAGAGGAGGCUUCAGUUAAAAAGCAGAUUUGGGCAAUCCAGAAUGUGCUUGAUGGGCAGCUGAGCUCUGAACUUCUCUGGCACAAUUAGUUGUUCCUUCAGUUUUUGUGUGUGUUUGGAACCCUUCUAGCCUCACUAGCACUCUCCUUUACACAAAAGUUAAUUUAUCUUUGCACAUCAUAUCACUAGGCAAGAUUUUCUACCAACAGCCUUGUAAAGGCUCAUCUGCUUUUUGCAGAAGAAUUUAUGUCUCCCUGCCAAUCCUCACCACAGGGAAAUCCAUCUCUCUUUGGCUGUGAUGUUUGUGAUUGUUUCUCAGCUUUCAUUGGGUCUUGCUGUCCCAUAGUGCCUGAAUUUUUUUUGGGUGGGGGGGGGAUUUGGGAUUUCAGUUGAGCUACUUGAAAGGCUGCUAGCAUGCCAGCCAGCACUUCACUAAUUAUAGAUAUGUCCAUCCCCAAUACCAUAUCAACUGAAAGUCCUUUGACACUUCCCACAGCAGUGAUUUUCAGAUACUCUACCGUAUCACUUGUUCUAUCAUGAAUAUUUUCCUUUGUCCCCAAUGAUGCUUCCUUUCUGGGUUCACCUGCAAUGAUUCUUCGAUUGCUUUUCCUUGUGUUUUCCUGUGUCAUGUAGAGCAGUGGUCGCCAACUGGUGGGCCGUGGCCUACUGAUGGGCCACGAGAAAAUUUUGGUGGGCUUCAGAGAAAUCUCACCCCCAGAGCACCUCCCCCAAAGCAGUUAAUCCAGGCUGCACAGAAACAUAAGGCUGCGUUGCCCACAUGGCUCAUGGGAACCCUCCCCCCCACUCACUCCUUACCUG